UUUUUUUUUUUUUUUUUUUGUGCCUGUAGCCUCAGCUUAGAGUAUCCGAUAGCACAACCACCUUGUCAUUACACUUUAACAACAACAAAUUAACGUAACAGCUGAUCCUUUUUUUAUCUUGCAUGUCAAACAUUUACUUGAGCUUACUCAUCUUACUAAUUUACUCAUAGCAUACGUUUUUUCAGGCAUAGAAUACAGAAAAGUCUCGGUAGACUCCUCGUUUACCCUGCAGCAGUUGAAAACAUAUCCUUGUAAAAGAACCCCGCCAUCUGCCCCUCACCGAGGUGAGCUACCCACUAUUAUUCCUGCGAAUUGUCAGGCCUGGCAUAUCCUCCAGAGUGUCGCCUCAAAAACACCUAACUGCAUGCGCCGAGAGACGCACGCACAGGAAAAAUGGCGAGCUCAGAAAAACAGCCAGUCGUAAGUGGUAAAGAUGAUGCCCCGACCAAUCCAAGGGGCAUCCCAUACGCUCCCUUUGUCGACAAAGUCGAGGAUUACGUCUCCACACGGGAUGAUGUCGAGCCGACACUUCGAAGCUUCCAAGAAAUGAUAUCGAAAUAUCAGUUCAUGGAGCUGAACCUGCAACGUCGGAUGACGGGGCUAAAGGACAAGAUUCCGGAUAUUCAGAAGACGCUGGACACGGUGCAAUUCUUAAAGCUACGAAAGGACGCGACUGAUCCCAUUGAAACAACCUUUGAGCUUAACGACACUCUAUACGCCAAGGCGAACAUCCCGCCGACAGAGGAGGUUUACAUUUGGCUAGGGGCCAACGUUAUGCUGUCUUAUCCGAUUGAUGAAGCCGAGACAUUGUUAACCUCGAAGCUUUCAGCGGCCAAGACAAGCUUGUCAAACUGCGAAGAGGACUUGGACUUUCUCCGAGAACAGAUUACUACCAUGGAGGUUGCUACCGCUAGAGUUUACAACUGGGAGGUAGUGCAAAAGAGGAAAGAAAAGGUGGAAGAAGAGGCAGAGAAGAAGAAGUCGAAGGACAGUGAUGCGUAGUAGACACUUGGAAAGGGUUUCGAUUUCUAUUUUUGGCUGGCCACGAAGAGUUAUAUUCCGAUCCGCAAAGUGUGAUAUACUGUAAAAAGCAUUGGGCGUUUUUCUGAUCUUCCACAACGAUAAUUGGAGACUAUUUGAAAUCAUGAAUUUUUUGGAUGCAUACUGCGCAUAAAUGACCGAGAAAAG